AUGGCGCGCCCUACCUCCCCGCCGGGGGCGGACGUCCCAGUCCCCGGCGGCGCCCGCGCCAGUGGUGAUGGCCGAGACGAGAGCCACAGGCGAAUAGGGAGGAAGCUGCAGAAGAGGCGCCGCGAGGAGCCGCACGCUGUCGAGCUACCGGAGCCGCUAAAGGGCGAUGACAGCGAGGACGAGGUGUCGCCCAACGACGCCGCCUCCACGCGGGGCGGGCCCAUGUCCAUCAACAUGAACCAGAGCAUCUUCGGGCUCAUCGCUGCCGCAGGGUCCAGGGUCGACUUCAACGAGCGCUUCGACGACGCCAGCAGUGACGACGAGGACAGCCAGCAGCCAGGCAGGCGCGAGGACCUGUCGCAGACCGUCAUACUCCAGCCGUCCGCCAGCGACCCGACCGAUAAGGCAGCCAAACGCGGCCACAAGAAGCGCCUUUCGGGACACAGGCUGCUCAAAUCCUUUGCGACCCUGCCCAAGCGAAAGUUAAAGUCAAAACGCGAGUCGAGUCGCUUGUCCGCUCCCGCCCCGGGGUCUGACGAGCAGAGCGAGUCGAGCGAGCCCUCCCAGACACCGGCCAUCACGCUCGACAAGGACGACACUCGCCUGGCCCCCGUCAUGAGCCGCAUGCUGCAGGCACGAGCCGAAAUGUCCAGCCGGCCGAGCUUCGAUAUCGAGAGACGGUCGUCCGACCUCGGACGUGACGACGGAGACGAGGCCUCGCAGCUGGCGAGGCGGCUCAUGGAAAUUUUCGAAUUCGACAAGCCCGAGGAAGUCAUUGAAGAGUAUCCUUGCUGGUUGUUGCAAAGCGUCUUGCUCCAGGGCUUCCUGUACAUCACGACCAACCACAUUUGCUUUUAUGCCUACCUUCCCAAGAAGGCUGCAAUAGCUAAGUCCGGUUACCUUUCCAAGAGCGGCAAGCGGAAUCCCAAGUACAACCGGUACUGGUUCCGCCUGAAAGGAGACGUGCUCUCCUACUAUCGCGACUCGACCAACCUAUACUUCCCCCACGGCCACAUAGACCUUCGAUUCGGCAUCUCGGCGAGCAUCGUCGACAGAGAAAAGGAUGGCGUCCACUUCAAUGUUGUCACGAGUCACCGAACCUACAACUUCCGGGCUGACAGCGCACCGAGCGCAAAGGAAUGGGUGAAGAGCCUCCAGCGUGUCAUAUUCCGCAGUCACAACGAUGGUGACAGCGUCAAGAUUUCGCUGCCCAUUGACAAUGUGAUCGAUGUGGAGGAGACGCAGAUGAUGGAGUUUUCCGAGACGUGCAAGAUCCGUGUCAUUGACAACGACGAAACUUAUGCCAUCGACGAGUAUUUCUUCUCAUUCUUCAGCUUCGGCCGCGAAGCCAUCAACGUCUUGAAGAUUUUGGUCGAAGAUGCUGCGCCGAAUAGCAGGACAGCCGGAAAGGCAACAGCAGAGCAGGAGAGUUCGAGCGCAUCGGCGCCAGCAUCCGCUCCCGUCUCCCUCGGAGGGUCGAAGAGCGUGAGCCGAAACGACCUCGUCGUGGACAAGAUUCGGACGACCAAGAUGCCCGAGCCCGUCAAGGCGACCCUCUCCCCCAUGUCGCCGCAGUCGACCAAUCCCAGCCCGCGAGCGAGCUGCGAAGUGUCUUCUCGCACAAGUCUCGAUGCUUUCCGCGGACUCGGCAGGCGGAGCCACGAGGUCUCUGGCCUUAUGCAGGAGGAGAGCCCUCGAAGAAGCUUCAGUGGGACUAGGAGGUCACAGAGCCACCGUCGGCGUGACGAGAGGCGGCGCAAUAUCCUAGAGUCAUCAGAGUCAAAUCUCCAAUCAUCAACGGACGACCCCAGCUACUCCAACCUGACCGUGUCGGUCACCGACGAACCGUCAGCGAGUCAAAUUCUUCGAGGCAGCGAAGUGUUCCAAAGCCCGACUAUGCGACACUCGCCAUCGUCGUCGCCCUCGGCAGACGCAGCCCGUCAGGCAAGAGAUCCUCUGAGUGUACACCCACCCCCGCCGCACCACUCAGCCACGACAGGUCACAUAUCGCAGCUCGGGUACCAUGGCGACUUUGACCAGCGGCCGUCGACGCCGACCUUGCAAAGCAUCACAAAGAUGGGCUCGUACCCGCUGCAGCGCGCUGGUGCGUUUGCCGACUACCUCAACAAGACGAGCAAGCGUAUGAGCUCGCUUCUUGCCACCGAAUCCAUGGGAUAUGUCGAGAAGGUCUCUGGCAUGUGGAAGGGUGGCCGCAAGCAUUAUGACGAGCCUGCUGGCCUGCGCCCCGACGAGGACGAGCUGGAGGAGGAUUCGGAGGGCAAGAUCCAGACCUCGAUGGAGCGCUUCCGUGCGCAUUUUGCCCUUCCUGAAACAGAGCGGCUGCAGGCGACAUACUUUGGCUACAUCCUCCGUGUCCUCCCGUUGUACGGCAAAAUCUACAUCAGCGACCGCUCAUUCUGCUUCCGCAGCCUACUUCCCGGCACCCGGACGAAGCUGAUCCUACCCCUUAAGGAUGUGGAGACGGCACACAAGGAAAAGGGCUUUCGCUUUGGUUACAAUGGCCUCGUGGUAGUCAUCCGUGGCCACGAAGAGCUCUUCUUCGAAUUUAGCCAGCUCGACGUGCGGGACGACUGCGCCGUGACGCUCUUGCAGAGUCUCGAAACUACAAAGUACCUUAAGGAGUCAGGGAUACUCCAGGAGGAGGAACGCGAGGAGGAAGACUCCGCCAUUGCAGAGCGGGACGCUCUCAAAUCGGCACGGCAAGGCGAGCACCCGGAGCACGAUGUCCAGCUUCCGCAGCAGACGGCCAGCAUGGAAAACGCACCCACCAUUCUGAUGGACGAGACGGACGGCUCAUUUCUCAACUUCAAGCCACCAAACCCCUUGAAGAUUACCUGCCUCACUAUCGGUUCCCGUGGCGACGUUCAGCCGUACAUUGCGCUGUGCAAGGGUCUGCUUGCCGAGGGCCACAAGCCUCGUAUCGCUACGCACGCCGAGUUCCAGGGCUGGAUCGAGUCUCACGGUAUUGAGUUUGCGCCGGUCGCGGGCGACCCCGGCGAGCUCAUGCGCCUCUGCAUCGAGAACGGCACCUUCACGCUCUCCUUCCUGCGCGAGGCCAACUCGACGUUUCGCGGUUGGCUGGCUGAGCUGCUGGACUCGGCGUAUCAGGCGUGCGAGGGGUCCGAGCUGCUCAUCGAGUCGCCCUCGGCCAUGGCUGGUAUCCACAUCGCGGAGAAGCUGGGCAUUCCGUACUUCAGGGCCUUCACCAUGCCUUGGACGCGCACCAGGGCCUACCCGCAUGCGUUCAUCAUGCCCGAGCACAAGAUGGGCGGCGCCUACAACUACAUGACCUAUGUCAUGUUUGACAACAUCUUUUGGAAAGCGACGGCUCACCAGGUCAACCGGUGGCGCAACAAGACGCUGGGCUUGCCAAACACGGGACUGGAGAAGAUGCAGCCAAACAAGGUUCCGUUCCUGUACAACUUCAGCCCCAGCGUCGUCGCCCCGCCACUAGACUUUUCGGACUGGAUCCGCGUCACGGGCUACUGGUUCCUGGAUGAGGGUGACGAGUACCAGCCGCCUCAGGAGCUAGACGACUUUAUCAAGCGGGCCCGGGCGGACGGCAAAAAGAUCGUGUACGUGGGCUUUGGGUCCAUCAUCGUUAACGACCCAGCCAAGAUGACCCAGGAAGUCAUCGACGCGGUGCGCAAGGCGGAUGUUCGCUGCAUUCUCUCCAAGGGAUGGUCGGACCGCAUCACGCCUAAGAAUGAUACGGCCAAGCCGCGCCCAGAUGAGCCCGAGAUGCCCCCUGAAAUCUACGUGAUCAAGUCCGCGCCCCACGACUGGCUGUUCCGCCAGAUUGACGCCGCGGCGCACCAUGGUGGGUCAGGUACGACAGGCGCCAGCUUACGAGCGGGCAUCCCGACCAUCAUCAGGCCGUUCUUUGGCGACCAGUACUUCUUUGCCAGCCGCGUCGAGGAUCUCGGCGUCGGCGUGUGGGUGAAGCGAUGGGGCACGAACAGCUUCGGGCGUGCCCUGUGGGAGGUAACGCGCAACGAACGCAUGAUUGUAAAGGCCCGCGUGCUCGGCGAGCAGAUCCGCAAGGAAAAGGGCGUCGACCUGGCGAUCCAGAACAUCUACAGGGAUCUCGAGUACGCUACCAGCCUGAUCAAGCGUAAGGCGGGCAAGAACGCACAGAUGGACACGGAGGACGACGAGGACACAGAGGAGAGCUGGACGUUUGUGGGCUCCGAUGAGCCGGACCCAGACGUCGUGACCAAGAAGCUGAGCGAGGGGCUGGGCGGGCUGGGCAUGGGCCGGGACAGGGCCCUAGGCAGCCAGGCCAUCAAGGGCAGCGCCUAG